AUGCUGUAUCUUGGUCCACCCACGAUUGAAUCCAAUGGUCCUUAUAGAUUUAAAGCUCAUGCUGAUGAAGUUUUAAUCCUUCAAUCUUAUACUACCAUGGGUACAAAAUCUGUUUUCAAAGGUUGUUUAAAACCUAAUGAUGAAUUUACUUUUAAAUCAUCUCGUUUGACUGAUCGUCAUUUUGCUAUAACUAUCCAUAUCAAUGGAAUUAUUGAUCAACGUAUUUUUAUCUGUUGUGAAUAUGGAUUCGUUAAUCAAUCUCAUUUUCAUACAAAACGAAAUUCAUGCCAACUUCAAUCAAUUACUGGAGGAAUACCAUGCGAGAUUUGUCAACCUCUCGAGAUGAUGAAUUUUUUUUCGAACGAAAUUCCAGAUGAUUAUACAAAUGAUAUUACACAUCCUAGUGUUCAAUCGGCAAAUUUAAAUUCGAAAUUUAUCAAAGAAAACUUAUUAACUGAAUCUAAAUCAAAUAUCAUAACAAAGAAAGAUGAUAACAAACAGUUGUCAUUGCCAAAUACUUCAUCAACUAAAUAUAAUUCGAACGUAGAUUCAAACAACGCUCAAACAUCGAAUAAGCAAGAUGAGAAUCAUAAUACGAAAGAAGGAGUUAAUCAACAAUCAUCGAAAAAUACCAUAACAGAAUUAAAACAAACGGAUUCAUCUGUUGAUGCAAAAAUUAUGAAUGAAGAUAAUAAAACAAAGAUUUCAUCAGCAGCUAGUCUUAGAAUCGAACAAUUACUAACUGACUAUUUAAAACUAUUACUCCCACAGAUAAAAUCAUCAACUAGUAAUCCAAAGUCGAAAUACACGACUGAACCAAUUACAUAUUCAAAUCCGGCAGUGGAAUCCAAUCGAGAAACAAAAGCUUCUAUGAAGUAUACAGAUUCAUCUUCAAUGUCAAUGUCAGCAAUAGAAAGUAAAGCGGAAGGUUUCGUUUUAAUAUGGUUGGAUAAAACUAUCCAACAAAAUCAGGAUACAACUGAUUCUGAACAAAAACUUCGUGCGAUUGUUAAUUCAUUAGUUACUUUUCAGGAAAUUAAUGAUGUUAAGAAUUUUAUUGAACAAAUUCAAGAUCAACAAAUUUAUUUAAUCGUAUCGGGUGAACUUGGAGAAAAACUUGUCUCUACAAAUCAAAUUAUCGAUUCUCCGAAAUUGAAUUCUAUUUAUAUUUUUUGUCGAGAUCAACAAAAAUAUACAAAAUUAACUCAACAGUCUAAUAAAAUACGUGCUGUUUUCAUUGAAAUCGAUCCGUUAUGUGCUCGUUUAAAAGAAGAUACCGAACAAGCAUUAAAAAAUCUCCUUCCUAUUUCUACAACAUCAGAAGAUUCAAAAAACGAAAUAAACCAAAUUAAAUUUCUCUGUUCACAACUUCAUCGUGAUUUUCUUUUUACUAUUGAAUACAAUAAUAAUGCACGAUUAGAACUUGCAGAUUUCUGUUCCAAUAUAUAUAAAUCCAGUAUUCAAAAUCUCAAAUAUGUCGAAGAAUUAAGAACGAAAUAUCAUGCUGGCAAAGCAAUCUGGUGGUAUUCUCGAGAAACAUUUCUAUUUCGAAUGCUUAACAAUGCAUUUCGGACACAAGAUAUAUCAAUAUUAUAUAAAUUUCAUUUUUUCAUCAAAGAUUUACAUAUGCAGUUGGAACAAAUGCAUAGUUUAUAUAAACCAUCGUUAGCAACGCGUGUUUUUACUGUUUAUCGUGGAUUAAGUAUGUCUUUGGAUGAUUUCGAGAAAACAAUACAUUCUGAAGUCAAUAAUUUAAUUGCAUUUGAUAGUUUUCUUUCGACUACUUUGGACAAAAAAACAGCUAUACUAUUUUCUUUAAAUAAACAAAAAUCCAAAAGUGAAUCAGUUGUAUUUUGUAUGGAGAUUGAUGCUGAUCGAAUGGAUCGUCCAUUUGCUGAUAUAUCUCGUUGGAGUGAUCAUAAAGAAGAAAAAGAAGUUCUUUUUUCGACUGGAACUGUUUUUCGUAUUGUUAAUGUAGAAGAUAAAGAAAAAAAUGAUGGUAUUUGGAUGGUUCAUUUAAGUACUGUUAGUGAAAAAGACAAGAAUUUAAUGAAAGAAACACAACAAAUACAAACGACUCUAUUAGAAUUUUUCGAACGUGUUCUUAAUGCUCAAAGUGAAGCCAAGAAUUUUCAUAAACUUCCUGAUAGCAAUGCUAAUGUAGCAAAUAUGCUUUACAAACAAGGUGUAUACAAUGAAAGCUUAGAAUUCUAUCAGAGAGCUUUGAAAGCUCUAAACGAAUUAGAAUCACCUGAUCCAUUGACAAAAGCAAUAUAUAUUAGUAAUGUUGCCAAGGCACAUAUGGCAUCAGGGCAUGAAGAUGAAGCUUUAGUUUUAUAUAAACAAGCUUUAAAUAUUCGUCAGCGCUUGUGCGAAUCUAAUGAUCCAUCGUUAAUUCAUACUUUGCAUACUAUCGGUCAUAUUUAUCGUGGAAAAGAAGAUUGGAAUAAAGCGUUGGAACGAUAUAAUCAAGCAUUAGAGCUACUACUAACGACACCUAUUGAGUCCGGUCUAUCAUCAGAUCCUUCAUCCAUUGCUGUUACUUAUAUUUGUAUUGGGAAUAUUUAUGAUCGACAAGAGAAUCAUCAACAGGCAUUAGAAGUAUUUCUAAAGGCGCUUGAACAGCAACAUAAACAUUUGCCUGAACAACAUCCUGCUUUAGCAUUUCUAUAUAAUAAUAUUGGUGCGAUGUAUUAUAAAUUGCAACAAUAUGAUAGAGCUUUAGAAAAUCAUCUCAAAUGUUUGAACAUUGAAUUGAAAGCAUUGCCAAAAGAACAUAUAACAUUUGCUAAAACAUAUAAGAAUAUUGCUACAACCUACGAAAAACUUCGACAAUUCAAUGAAGCAUUUGAAUUCGCGAAAAAAUAUGUCGACCAAUUGAAACUUCAUAGCUUAGAAGACAACAAAGAACUCAUUGAAGCGGAGAAUUUACUCAAAAAAAUUCAAAUAAGUCGAGACAAUAGAAAAUAA